AGGGAACUCGGUGCUCCAUGAACAGUGCAUUGAGAGCACGUAUCUGUUACCCUACAAUUUCCUACCAUUCAUUCCCCCCAAGGGCUUGCAAACCCAUGCUUAAUAUUCUUGCAGAAAGCCCAAGUCCUCAUGUCUUUCAUUUUGCCCUUCUCCUUUCUCUCUCCUAGGUUGAACUGUUUCUGGUUUGCACUCUUAACCUACUGAUUGCUUUUCUCUGGGCAGGAAGUAGUGUGUUCCCAUUAACACUUAGCACCCGGAACCGAGCACACUCCAUCACAGAGUAAAUCAGGGCUAUCUUUCCAUCUCACCUUGCUAUUCAUUAGUUUCAAGUCGGGAGUCCGACAUUGACUCCAUGAAAGACAAUGUGCAGCUGUUUUGGAAAGAAGUAAGGCUUAGAUUUCUCCAUGUUAACCAUGAGCGUGACACUUUCCCCACUGAGGUCACAGGGCCCAGAUCCCAUGGCGACGGAUGCUUCACCCAUGGCCAUCAACAUGACACCCACUGUGGAGCAGGAGGAAGGAGAGGGAGAGGAAGCCGUGAAGGCCAUAGACGCUGACCAGCAGUAUGGAAAGCCACCUCCGCUCCACACAGCAGCCGACUGGAAGAUUGUCCUGCACUUACCUGAGAUUGAGACCUGGCUCCGGAUGACCUCAGAGAGGGUCCGUGACCUGACCUACUCGGUCCAGCAGGAUGCAGACAGCAAGCAUGUGGAUGUGCAUCUAGUUCAGCUGAAGGACAUUUGUGAGGAUAUUUCUGACCAUGUGGAGCAGAUCCAUGCCCUCCUUGAGACGGAGUUCUCCCUAAAGCUGCUGUCCUACUCGGUCAACGUCAUCGUAGACAUCCACGCAGUACAGCUGCUCUGGCACCAGCUCCGCGUAUCCGUGCUGGUCCUCCGGGAGCGCAUCCUACAAGGUCUGCAGGACGCCAAUGGCAACUACACCAGGCAGACUGACAUUCUGCAAGCGUUCUCUGAAGAAACAACGGAGGGCCGGCUUGAUUCCCUCACAGAAGUGGACGACUCAGGGCAGUUAACUAUCAAAUGUUCGCAGAAUUACUUGUCUCUGGAUUGUGGCAUUACCGCAUUUGAACUCUCCGACUACAGUCCAAGUGAGGAUCUGCUUGGUGGCCUGGGCGACAUGACCACCAGCCAGGCCAAAACUAAAUCUUUUGACUCUUGGAGCUACAGUGAGAUGGAGAAAGAGUUCCCUGAGCUCAUCCGAAGCGUUGGGCUGCUUACAGUGGCCACCGAGCCUGUCCCUUCCAGCUGUGGAGAAGCCAAUGAGGACUCAUCUCAAGCGUCCCUUUCAGACGACCACAAAGGUGAGCACGGGGAAGACGGUGCUCCCGUACCUGGAGAGCAGCUGGACUCAACGGUGGGAAUGUCUUCCUUAGAGGGCACGCUGGCAAAUGCUGCCGAACACCCUUCGGAGACAGCAAAACAAGACUCUACUUCCUCCCCUCAGCUUGGUGCGAAGAAAACCCAGCCUGGUCCUUGUGAAAUUACGACUCCCAAGAGAUCCAUCCGCGAUUGCUUUAAUUAUAACGAGGACUCCCCCACGCAGCCCACAUUGCCCAAAAGAGGGCUUUUUCUAAAAGAAACUCACAAGAAUGAGCGCAAAGGCGGUGACAGGAAGGGGCAGGUGGUUGACUUAAAGCCUGAACUGAGCAGAAGCACCCCUUCCCUGGUGGACCCCCCUGACAGAUCGAAGCUCUGCCUAGUGUUGCAGUCCUCCUACCCCAGCAGCCCUUCUGCCGCCAGCCAGUCCUAUGAAUGUUUGCACAAGGUGGGGCUUGGCAAUCUUGAAAACAUAGUCAGAAGUCACAUUAAAGAAAUUUCUUCCAGUCUGGGAAGGCUUACUGACUGCCAUAAAGAGAAAUCGCGACUGAAAAAGCCGCACAAGACCUUGGCCGAAGUGUCUCUGUGCAGAAUCCCUAAACAGGGAGGCGGUUCAGGAAAGCGAUCUGAGAGCACCGGGAGCUCAGCAGGGCCGAGCAUGGUAUCACCUGGAGCUCCCAAAGCCACGGUGAGACCAGAAGCAGAUUCUGCGUCUACAGCCUCAGGUGACCUGUGCCACCAGAGAAAUCGCAGUGGACAAUUGCCAGUGCAGUCGAAGGCCUCCAGUUCACCCCCUUGCAGUCACAGCAGUGAAUCUUCUCUUGGCUCAGAUAACAUCAAAUCCCCGGUUCCUCUUCUUUCAAAAAACAAAAGCCAAAAAAGCUCCCCACCUGCUCCAUGUCACGCCACACAGAACGGUCAGGUGGUGGAGGCCUGGUACGGCUCUGAUGAGUACCUAGCGCUGCCCUCUCACCUGAAGCAGACGGAGGUGUUAGCUCUCAAGCUGGAGAGCCUAACCAAGCUCCUACCCCAGAAACCCAGAGGAGAGACCAUCCAGGAUAUUGAUGACUGGGAACUGUCUGAAAUGAAUUCAGAUUCCGAAAUCUAUCCAACGUACCACAUCAAGAAAAAACACACGAGACUGGGGACAGUGUCUCCAAGCUCAUCCAGCGACAUAGCCUCAUCUCUCGGGGAGAGCAUUGAAUCCGGGCCCCUGAGUGACAUUCUUUCUGACGAGGACUUAUGUCUGCCCCUCUCCAGCGUGAAAAAGUUCACGGACGAGAAAUCAGAGACACCCUCAUCCUCCGAGAAGAACGAGAGCCAUUCUGCAACAAGAUCAGCUUUGAUUCAGAAACUAAUGCACGAUAUUCAGCACCAAGAGAACUACGAAGCCAUCUGGGAAAGAAUUGAGGGGUUUGUGAACAAGCUGGAUGAAUUCAUUCAGUGGCUAAACGAAGCCAUGGAGACCACCGAGAACUGGACUCCUCCUAAAGCCGAGACGGACAGCCUCCGGCUGUACCUGGAGACACACUUGAGUUUUAAGUUGAACGUAGACAGCCACUGUGCCCUCAAGGAAGCCGUGGAGGAAGAAGGACACCAACUUCUUGAGCUCGUUGUAUCUCACAAAGCAGAAGGACUGAAGGACACGCUGAGGAUGAUUGCGAGUCAAUGGAAGGAGCUGCAGAGGCAAAUCAAACGGCAACACAGCUGGAUUCUCAGAGCCCUGGACACCAUCAAAGCCGAGAUACUGGCUACUGAUGUGUCUGUGGAGGACGAGGAGGGGACGGGAAGCCCCAAGGCCGAGGUUCAGCUCUGCCACCUGGAAGCACAGAGAGACGCCGUGGAACAGAUGUCCCUGAAGCUGUACAGCGAGCAGUACACCAGCGGGAGCAAGAGGAAGGAAGAGUUUGCCGACAUGUCGAAAGCGCACGCGGUGGGAAGCAAUGGGCUUCUGGACUUUGAUUCAGAAUACCAGGAGCUCUGGGAUUGGCUGAUUGACAUGGAGUCCCUCGUGAUGGACAGCCACGACCUGAUGAUGUCAGAGGAGCAGCAGCAGCAUCUUUACAAGAGGUACAGUGUGGAAAUGUCCAUCAGGCAUCUGAAAAAGUCAGAGCUACUCAGCAAGGUUGAAGCUUUGAAGAAAGGUGGCCUUUUACUACCAGACGAUAUCCUGGAAAAAGUGGAUUCAAUUAAUGAAAAAUGGGAGCUGCUUGGGAAAACCCUAAGAGAGAAGAUACAGGACACAAUGGCGGGGCACAGUGGGUCGGGCCCACGUGACCUGCUGUCUCCCGAAAGCGGAAGCCUGGUAAGGCAGCUGGAGGUCAGGAUCAAAGAGCUGAAAAGGUGGCUAAGAGAUACAGAGCUUUUCAUCUUCAAUUCCUGUCUGAGACAAGAGAAGGAAGGAACAAGCGCCGAGAAACAACUCCAAUACUUCAAGUCGCUCUGUCGUGAGAUCAAGCAGCGGCGUCGAGGAGUGGCCUCCAUUCUGAGGUUGUGCCAGCACCUUCUGGAUGACCGGGACACGUGCAACCUGAACGCGGAUCACCAGCCCAUGCAGCUGAUCAUUGUAAACCUCGAGAGGCGGUGGGAGGCCAUCGUCAUGCAAGCUGUCCAGUGGCAAACACGGUUACAAAAGAAGAUGGGGAAGGAAUCCGAGACUUUGAAUGUGAUUGAUCCUGGCUUGAUGGACCUGAAUGGAAUGAGUGAGGAUGCCCUGGAAUGGGAUGAAACAGACAUAAGUAACAAACUCAUUAGUGUGCAUGAAGAAUCAAAUGACCUGGAUCAAGACCCAGAGCCUAUGCUACCUGCAGUGAAGCUUGAAGAGACACACCACAAGGACUCUGGUUAUGAAGAGGAGGCAGGUGACUGUGGAGGGUCUCCGUAUACCUCAAAUAUCACUGCACCUUCCAGCCCACACAUUUACCAAGUGUACAGUCUUCACAAUGUGGAGCUCCACGAGGACAGCCACACUCCAUUCCUGAAAAGCAGCCCUAAGUUCACAGGCACAACACAGCCUACUGUUUUAACUAAGAGCCUCAGCAAGGACUCUUCCUUUUCAUCUACAAAAUCGUUACCAGACCUUUUAGGGGGUUCCGGUUUGGGGAGGCCUUACUCGUGUCACAGUGGAGACUUGAGCCAGAAUUCAGGCAGUGAGAGUGGAAUUGUCAGCGAAGGAGACAACGAGAUGCCGACCAACUCUGACAUGAGCUUGUUCAGUAUGGUAGACGGGUCCCCAAGUAACCCUGAAACGGAGCAUCUGGACCCACAAGUGGGAGAUGCAGCCAAUGUGCUAGAGCAAAAGCUUAAAGACAAUGGGGAGAGCAUUAAGCUUUCAAGUGUCUCUCGGGCCUCCGUCUCACCAGUGGGUUGUGUAAAUGGAAAAGCAGGGGAUUUAAACAGUGUUACCAAACACACUGCUGAUUGUUUGGGAGAAGAACUACAAGGAAAACAUGACGUGUUUACAUUUUAUGAUUACUCGUACCUCCAAGGCUCAAAACUCAAAUUACCAAUGAUAAUGAAACAGCCACAGAGUGAAAAGGCACACGUGGAGGAUCCCCUUCUUGGUGGUUUUUAUUUUGAUAAAAAGUCCUGCAAAGCUAAACAUCAGGCUUCAGAGUCACAACCAGAUGCGCCUCCCCACGAAAGGAUUCUGGCAACCGCGCCCCACGAGAUGGGACGCAGCGCAUACAAAAGUAGCGACAUAGAGAAGACAUUCACGGGCAUUCAGAGUGCCAGACAGCUCUCCCUUCUAUCUCGCAGCUCAUCUGUAGAGUCCCUUUCUCCAGGGGGUGAUUUGUUUGGAUUGGGAAUCUUUAAAAAUGGCAGUGACAGCCUCCAGCGGAGCACUUCUUUAGAAAGUUGGUUGACAUCCUAUAAGAGCAAUGAGGAUCUCUUUAGCUGUCACAGCUCUGGGGACGUAAGUGUGAGCAGUGGCUCAGUUGGUGAGCUGAGUAAGAGGACAUUAGACCUUCUGAAUCGCCUGGAGAAUAUACAGAGCCCCUCGGAGCAAAAGAUCAAGCGGAGUGUUUCUGACAUGACUCUACAAAGCAGUUCCCAAAAGAUGCCCUUCGCUGGCCAGAUGUCAUUGGAUGUCGCAUCCUCCAUCAAUGAAGACUCUCCGGCAUCUCUUACAGAACUGAGUAGUAGCGAUGAGCUCUCUCUUUGCUCGGAGGACAUUGUGUUACACAAAAACAAGAUCCCAGAAUCCAACGCAUCAUUCAGGAAGCGCCUGAAUCGCUCAGUGGCUGAUGAGAGCGACGUCAAUGUUAGCAUGAUUGUCAAUGUGUCCUGCACCUCUGCUUGCACUGAUGAUGAAGAUGACAGCGACCUCCUCUCCAGCUCCACUCUCACCUUAACAGAAGAAGAGCUGUGCCUCAAAGAUGAGGAUGACGACUCCAGUAUUGCAACAGAUGAUGAAAUUUAUGAAGAGAAUAACCUGAUGUCUGGGCUGGACUACAUAAAGAAUGAACUGCAGACUUGGAUAAGACCAAAACUUUCCUUGACGAGAGAAAAGAAACGGUCCGGGGUCACUGAUGAAAUAAAGGUCAAUAAAGAUGGGGGAGGCAAUGAGAAGGCCAAUCCCUCGGACACCCUGGACAUCGAGGCCCUUCUCAAUGGCUCCAUAAGAUGUCUCUCCGAAAACAACGGGAAUGGUAAGAAUCCGCCCAGAACUCAUGGCUCAGGAACCAAAGGUGAAAAUAAGAAAAGUACGUAUGACGUUAGUAAGGAUCCGCAUGUGGCUGACAUGGAAAAUGGCAAUAUUGAAAGUACCCCAGAAAGAGAAAGGGAGAAGCCACAAGGGCUUCCAGAGGCGUCAGAGAACCUUGCUUCAAAUGUGAAAACGAUUUCUGAAUCCGAGCUCAGCGAGUGUGACGCAGUAAUGGAUGGUUCUGAGGAUUCAAGUGUUGCCAGAAAGGGAUUUUGUCCCCCAAAUGAUAGACAUCCUCCACAGAUGGGUCCCAAACUCCAGCAUCCUGAAAAUCAAAGUGGCGACUGCAAGCCGGUCCAGAACUCUUGCCCGGGGCUACUGUCGGAAGCUGGCGUUGGAAGCAGGCAAGACAGCAGUGGACUAAAACCUUUGCCUAACGAUGCACCAAGUGGGGCUAGAAAACCUGCUGGUUGCUGCCUGCUGGAACAGAAUGAGACAGAGGAAAGUGCUUCUAUCAGCAGCAACGCUUCCUGUUGCAACUGCAAGCCAGAUGUUUUCCAUCAAAAAGAUGAUGAAGAUUGUUCAGUACAUGACUUCGUUAAGGAAAUCAUUGACAUGGCAUCAACAGCCCUCAAAAGUAAGUCACAGCCUGAAAGUGAGGUGGCCGCACCCACAUCACUAACCCAAAUUAAGGAGAAGGUGUUAGAGCAUUCGCACCGGCCCAUACACCUGAGGAAGGGGGACUUUUACUCCUACUUAUCACUUUCGUCCCACGACAGUGACUGUGGGGAGGUCACCAAUUACAUAGAUGAGAAGAGCAGUACUCCAUUGCCACCGGACACUGUGGACUCUGGCUUAGACGACAAGGAGGACAUGGACUGCUUCUUUGAAGCUUGCGUUGAGGAUGAGCCUGUCGAUGAGGAAGCUGGUCUCCCCGGUGCCCUUCCCAAUGAAUCAGCCAUCGAGGAUGGAGCAGAGCAGAAGACAGAGCAGAAGACAGCCAGCUCUCCUGUGCUCAGCGACAAGACAGACCUGGGGCCUCUUUCAGGACUUUCCCCUCAGAAGGGAGCUGAUGAUGCAAAGGAAGGAGACGAUGUGUCUCACACUUCCCAGGGCUGUGCAGAGAGCACAGAGCCUACCACCCCCUCAGGAAAGGCCAGUGCAGAGGGGAGUUCAAGAAUGCAAGGUGUAUCAGCAACGCCAGAAGAAAACGCUGCUUCGGCCAAACCGAAAAUUCAAGCUUUCUCUUUGAAUGCAAAACAGCCAAAAGGCAAGGUUGCCAUGCGGUAUCCCAGCCCCCAAACUCUAACCUGUAAAGAGAAGCUCGUAAACUUUCAUGAAGAUCGACAUAGUAACAUGCAUAGGUAGAGUGUAAUGCCCCCACGCAUGGAAAUCAUCUCAUUGAAAGAUAGCCUGGCUGAAGCUCAGGGCUAGCCCGAUCCACCCUGGGCCGGUCUUGGGCUCCAUCCUGUUAUCACUGCCGCCUGUCACAUUGACUUUCUGAAGACGAACCUUCCUUCCGAAUGCGGUCUGUCCACGUGGGCCUCUCGACCUGGAUGUGUGCAUUGCUUCUCUUAGGUGAUCGUCCUAGUUCCACAAAGCUGCUUGUUCUCCCGUGGAUUCCUGUCCCAAGCUACCUCUGGCAACCCUGUCUCUCCAGCAAGACUUCGGUUUUCCCUCCCCCACCUCCCCCCCCCCUUAAAGCUCUGCGGCUCACCAAAUUGAUGGUCCAUCAAAGCCACUGUCUGGAAUGACACCCCUCCCAUCAGUACUUGACCAAUGUUAUGUUUUGCUCUGAAAACUUUCACUGUAUUAGACCAAUGUUUAUUGAAAGAGAUUUACCUAAAAAGCCCACCCUUGAUUUGGUUGCAGUAUAGAGGAGACACAUUGAUCCUUCUAACAAAAUUAAGUGAUGUCUGAAAGCGCCAUUUUAAUUAUUUCUUUUUAAAUAAUGAUCUAUGCAGCACUUCAAGAAACAACUAUAACAGUGUUGUAUCUUAUAAACUGGUACAUUCUACUAUUAAGUUUGUUUUUGAUUUCUAUGCUUCUUGAGGUGGUGAUGAGAAAAAUGGUUUUUUUUUAAAACGGUGUGCCUUGCUGUAUUACUUAUAGCAUUUAUUAAAAAGCUGCUUUCAUGGUAAGAUUACACUGGUUUGAAAGGAGGAAAUAGCAAGGUUAAGAUGCGUGCAUAAUUUCUGUAUAUAUGUAUAAGCUAGUGCAAACACUGAUGUAUGACAGUAUAAAAUGCUUUCAUGUUUGUGAUGUCCAGUGGUGUGGAAUAUAAGCCUUAAACCCGUUCGAUUGCAUGGUAAUUAAAAUUGGCAUAAUAAAAAUAGCUUAUUGGGGGAAAAGGAAAAUUAAUGAUCUCUUCUACCUGUGUUCUUUACCAAUUUCUUUCAUGUGGUUCUGGGAAAGAAAAAGAAACAAACCCCAUAUAUUAGCUUCCAAAAUAUCCAUAUUGCACAGAAGGCUUAAGUUGCUUAGACUAGAGACUGGGCCUGAAGCCUUCAUGAUUUUCCAAAUCUUUCUGUUUCACUAUAAACAUCCGAAAUAGCAAAGAUUUCUUUCCCCUCCAUCAACAGCAUUUUAUUCUGAAUGUUUUUAUUUCUACUUGUUAAUGGUUUAAAGUUGUAGUUGGAGAUCUCUUACAUGCCCUAAUUUAUUUUAAAUAUUUGAAUGGGUUUGGUGGAUGGUAUAGAAAAUUUAAUUAUUAUUUUAUUUAAACUACAGAUUUCAGGUGUAUUUAUUUUGUUAAAUAUUCCAUUUGGUCUUUUUAUGACUUGAAAGGUUCAGCUUUUAAUUUAUAUCAUAACUCCUACUAAAGUGCCUGACACACAGUAGGUAUUUCAUAGAGUUUCCUGAAUUAGAGUACUGGGUGGUGAUAUAUAUAUAUAUAUAUAUAUAUAUAUAUAUAUAUAUAUAUAUAUGAAUGAUUCCUGCAUUAAAAUUAGAAAAAGAUGUGCAAAGUGAACCAGACACAGCAUAUAAUCAGAUUUCAAAAAGGAACGAGAACAUAGCCACAGAAAUGACAAUCAUUCAUUCAGUAGAUUAGCAUCUUUUGCCUGCAAGUCACCAUUCUAGAUUCAGGGAGAGCAGCUAUGACCGAUGCACUGCCUUUGGAGGCUUCUGUGUUAGAGACAGAGUGACUGGCCACACAGAUGACGUGCUAUAGCACCCCACAGAUGAGGAAGAAAGCAUGUGUAGAGAAAGAGUCACAAAGAGAGCGAUGGCGGGGAGGGACAGGGGCCAGAGAAAGGCUAGGAGAGAGCGGAGGUUAGUGGUUAGUGGGGCUUCACUACAGGUGUGACAGGAGAGAGGGCCAAAUAAAGAGGACUGAAAGGUGUUUACGGAGUUGACGUGGAGCUUCUGUGUGCUGUGUACUAGGUUUAGAAGACCCAAUAGCUUGCGUGGGGCUUUAUUUACCCCAUGAUUGGAACUUUACUAGCACCAUCCCAAGAACACUUAAAUACCACACAUCUGCAAUUUCACAACCUUAAUUAUUUAGUGUGGGUUUUGCCUCUUCUAACCUUCGCUGCACAUAUUUUUAAAUGGAUGGCCUAGUCUAGGCUUUUGGAUAUGUAGUGACUUCUUCCAAAGGAGUUUUAGAGAGACAUCUAGUUAGAGUGUUCACAAGGAUUGCAGAGGGGAGAUGUUAGACAUAACUGUGUGGUAGGGGGAAAGUAAGGGGGGAAAUUAGCUAGAAUCCAGGCAGUAACAGAGUGCACAGGGAUCGUAGCCUGAGAUAGAGAAAGACAGAUCAUAGAGCCCAGAAAAGUAUUUGAACAUUUCUAGACCUCUGUUGGGAUAUGGCAUUAUUUUAUAUACAGAGACAACCUGAAUUCUCUUGUUCGAUGACUAAUAUUAAGUCUAUGUCUAUUGAAAAGACAUUCAAAAAAUUGAAUAGGCCAUGCUGGACUAUUUGCCUCUUAUGUGCUCAUAAAGACUUAGAAUUUGAAAAUAUUUAUUAGCUCUCUACUUGACACUAACACCAAAUUGACCAGGUUGACUUUGGGGUUUAUUAAUGCCUUUUCCAGCCAGGAGAGAUGGAGCCUCAGUCUCAUGCCCUGUGUAGACACUACCGUCCCAGUCGCAUUGGAAAACAGCUCAUUUGCUCCGUAUUGGUUUGACCAACCAUAUCUACACACAACGAUAGUUUGUUAUUUGUUGAGGCCAAGCGUCCCUCUGCUGGGCAUGCGUUUCUGUAAGAAUGUGCUUUCUUAGAUUGCUAAAUAAAGUCCACAGGGUACCCCUCCCCCUUUUAGUCUUGCUCAUUGGUCCUAAGCCUGUGCUGCAGAUCAGCCCUCACAGAGGAUUCCCGGGCCCUCUGUCUCAUGGCCGUCCUGCAGGUAAUUGAGGGCAGUUACUCUCUUCCCAGGCAGUUCCAGCGACUGCCCGUCAUAUGUCAUGACUUCAGAUCCAUUUCAAGUUGACUGAAUGUUAAACAGGCAGAACCCUGGAAGUCAAGGGACUGUCUUCAUCAUACAUGUAGAGAGGUGUGUGGACAUUGAAGUGCUAAGUUUUCUCAAAAAUAUAUUCAAGAUAUAUGUUUAUUCUAUAUUGUAAAUUUCAAUAAAUAAACAAAUAAACAAGUGGAUAAACUAAGAAUCCAUGACUUCCUUCAGUGGCCCAGGCUAGUUCUGGAGUCAGUUUCAAUCUUUAUCUUACAUCAGAUCCAAACCUGACAUCUCCAUGUAAAACAGACCUACCCUUCUGUUUGCUCACUUUUAUUCCCCUCUUGGUCCUCACCUCAUUGACAUUUCUGAAAAUCUCAGACCGGUUUUAUAGAAUGAGUCACAACCUGGAUGAGUCCCGUUAUCCUCUCCUUGUAAGUCUCAGGAUAAGCUGGUUUUGUUGCCAUAGUUUAUGGGUGAUGCUGUGUUCAGAUCUUGAACAGAGUAGGAGUGGAUCACCUACUUUCUUGAUUCACAUUUUCCUUUGUUUUCUAAGGCAGAGGUCAGCAAAUAAUGGCCCACGGGCCUAACUUAACCCACUGCCUUUUUUUUUUUUAAUUUCUUUAUUAUAUAUGAGUACACUGUAGCUGUCCUCAGACACACCAGAAGAGGGCACCAGAUCUCAUUACAGAUGGUUGUGAGCCACCAUGUGGUUGCUGGGAUUUAGACUCAGGACCUCUGGAAGAACAAUCAGUGCUCUUAACCACUGAGCGGUCUCUCCAACCUCCCCAUGCCCCACUGCCUAUUUAUAUUUGACCUAGAAGCUAAGAAUGGCUUUUAUCUUUUUAUGUGGCUGAAAAACAAUAAAAAGAAUGUCUUUGUGAUGAGUGAAAUUACAAGAAAUUAAAUUUUUGUGUCAGUGAAUAAAGUUUUAUUGGAACACAAUCACACACACGUUUACAUGUAGUUAGUUUUGCACUAUAACUGCAGUUACUUAGCAUAGUCAGGACGUCUGAGAUGUUUCCUUACAUGACCCAUUGGAAACGCCCUUCCGAUCCCUGAUCUACAGAACGAUAAUAUCUGAUACCAUUUUGUGGAAGGUCCACAAACUGCAAAGUCAAUGGGACACAGGACAUGCAAGUUUUUCUUUCUAGAUUUUAUUGUCAGUUUCAGUUUCAUGAAGAGUGACUGAUCCAUUGACUUUCUUAAGUCACAGUGUCCUAUCAAUUUCUAAGGCAGAGGUCAGCCAACGAUAGCCAUGGACCAAAUACAUCUUUUCCUUUGACUUGUAAUUUUAGAAAAAAAAUAAAGUGUACCUUAUUUCAUAAA